AUGGGAAACUAUGGACUAAAGGCGGAGGACGGCAGGGAGGUCGUGAUCGUGAUGCUUGUCUUUGGGGUGAUUUCCCUGAGUUCCACGAUUCUUCGAAUCGUGUCUCGGAGAAUGAGAAGCAUCAGCUUAGGCUUGGAUGAUUAUUUCAUGAUUAGUGCGACGAUUUUGGUAAUGGUGUGUACUGUGGUUGUAAUAUUGAUGGUGACAAAGGGAGGCGUUGGGUUACAUGCAAACACGGGAAAUGUCGCCUUUACAGACAUCGAAUUCAAUCUCAAGAUGAUUAUCGUCUGCCAAAUUCUCUAUGCAAUUGGCCUCACGCUUGUCAAAACAUCGAUGAUGAUUCUCUAUCACAAGCUCUUUGGUACCAAAGCCAGCAUGCGGAUUGCCAUUUAUGUCACCGGUACCAUUGUGUUGGCGUGGGGACUGAGUAUCAUCCUCGAGUCCUUUCUUAUUUGUCACCCCGUCGCCUUUAACUGGAACCCGACGCUACCUGAGGGCGGAUGCGGAAAUCAUAAUGCAGCCUUUGUGGUAGCCGGAGUACUCAACAUGGUGACCGAUCUCAUGGUCAUGUUACUUCCAAUCCCAUAUAUUUGGAGGCUCCAGCUACCCGUGGGCCGCAAGAUAGGCUUAUCGGUAGCAUUUUCCAUAGGAUUGUUUGUCAGCGCAAUCAGUAUGGUCCGCGUUGACAGUCUCAUGCGCAUCGAUUUCAACGAUCUCACAUAUACCCUUCCCAUUCCGUUAAUGUGGAGUAUCAUCGAACAGCAACUCGCUCUCAUCGCGGCCAACCUGCCCCUUCUCCGUAGCGUGUUCUCCGCCGUGCUUCCUGGUAGUUGGCUGGGCUCAUCCGCUCACAGGACUGGGACGCCAUCGGGGGAGCCAUGUGCGAAGAAGCGCUCGGCGCAGGAAUAUUCUCUCACUCGCAUGGAUGCUGGCACUAAUCGAAGUGAGAUCACGGCAGACAGCCACAAACCUGCGAAUCACGAUUCCCAGACGAGGUGGAGUGACGAUGAUGAGCAAUCGGAUACGGAGUUGGCUGCGAAUGCGAUGCCACCUGAUGGGAUCCAGAUAUGGAAGGAUUUUCGGGUUGACUCGACCAGAGAGAAUGGUAUUUUAUGA